AGAGUUCACGACGUGUUUCUGAGACGCUAGAAAACUCUGAGAACCUGACCUUCUGUUUCCUCCUCAGGGCUCCAGGCUGCAGGAGAACACACCUCAACAGAGCCUGGAGUUCAGCUGGUGGGAGGAGAGAGUCGCUGUGCAGGAGAACUGGAGGUGAAACAUGAGGGAGAAUGGAGACCAGUGUGGAGCUAUCUCUGGACCCUGAAGGCAGCAGGUGUUGCCUGCAGAGAGCUGGACUGUGGCUCUGCUGUUUCUGUGGGAGAGAGAGAGGAGUCCUCAGACAGACCUCUGUGGAGGAUCAGUCCUGACUGUGCUCAGUCUGGAUCUGCUCUGAGGGAGUGUGCAGUAUCAGUUUCCUCUUCCUCCACCAUGAAUCUCACCUGCUCAGAGCCUCAAUUUCAGCUGGUGGGAGGAGAGAGUCGCUGUGCAGGAGAACUGGAGGUGAAACAUCUGGGAGAAUGGAGAGCAGUGGAGGGCUAUCUCUCUCCCUGGACCCCGAAGACAGCAGGUGUUGCCUGCAGAGAGCUGGACUGUGGCUCUGCUGUUUCUGUAGCAAUGAGAUAUGUGUCCUCAUACAGACCUGUGUGGAUGAUCAGUCCUGACUGUGCUCAGUCUGGAUCUGCUCUGAGGGAGUGUGCAAGAUCAUUUUCUUCUCCCUUCAUCAUCACUCUCACCUGCUCAGACUCUGUCAGGCUGCUGGGGGGGACCAGUCUGUGCUCAGGUAGACUGGAGGUGAACUCUGACCCGUCUAACCCGUCCUGGUCCUCAGUGUGUGAGGCUGACUUUGACCAGCAGGAUGCUCAGGUGGUCUGCCGGCAGCUGGGCUGUGGGGCUCCUUCAGUCCUCCAGGGGGCGCUCUAUGGAGAAGGGGAGGCUCCAAUGGGGACCAAAGAGUUCCAGUGUGGAGGCCAUGAGUCUGCUCUCCUGGACUGUAGCUCAGCCUCAGAGAGAAACACCUGCUCACCUGGCACAGCUGUUAGCCUCACCUGCUCAGAGCCUGAUGAGGUCAGACUGGUUGGAGGAGAGAGUCGCUGUGCAGGAGACCUGGAGGUGAAACAUCAGGGAGGAGAAUGGAGACCAGUGGGGGGCUUGUACUCUCUCUGGACCCUGAAGGCAGCAGGUGUUCUCUGCAGAGAUCUCGACUGUGGCUCUGCUGUUUCUGUGGAAGAGAGAGAGUCCUCAUGGAGAUCUGUGUGGAGGAUCAGCUCUGCCUGUGUUCAGUCUGGAUCUGCUCUGAGGGAGUGUGCAGGAUCAGCUUCCUCUUCCUCCACCGUGAAUCUCACCUGCUCAGAGCCUGAUGAGGUCAGACUGGUGGGAGGAGAGAGUCGCUGUGCAGGAGACCUGGAGCUGAAACAUCAGGGAGAAUGGAGACCAGUGGGGGGCUAUUACUCUCUCUGGACCCUGAAGACAGCAGGUGUUGCCUGCAGAGAGCUGGACUGUGGCUCUGCUGUUUCUGUGGGACAGAGAAUAGAGUCCCCAGGCAGAUCUGUGUGGGGGAUCAGCUUUGACUGUGUACAGUCUGGAUCUGCUCUGAGGGAGUGUGCAGGAUCAGGUUCCUCUGACGACAUCCUCAAUCUCACCUGCUCAGAGCUCUUCUGGCUUUUUCUUUGAGUGCAUUCACUGCCAUGUUGAAACUUCCUGAUGCUGUUAUGGUUAAACCAAGGUAGGUAUAACUCAUACUAUGUUCAAUGAUAUGAUUAUUUAUGGUAAACUGGUAUUUGUUCUCCUGACAUCUGGGGUGUUUUUGGAAAACCAUGACAUUAGUUUUCUUCAUAUUGACUGCCAGGGCCCAGUUCUUACAGUACUGGUCUACUAUGUCCAGCUGUUGUUGUAGUCCUUGUUCAGUAGGAGACAGCAGAACAAGGUCAUCAGCAUAAAGCAGA